AUGGGGGAAAUCAGCACGCAUGUGAUUUCCAAAUUGGGGCAGCCGUCGGUCGCCGGCGCCACUGUUGAGGUCCGUUACAACGCAAGCUCGACUGCGUCGGUAUUUGACGUUGGUGGUUGGGAGUUGGUGGGAUCGUCGACGCUGUCCGAGAACGGAGGGAAUGACACGUUAGUGGAAGUUGGUAGUCUGCAAAUUGGAUUGUACGCUCUUACUUACGACUUCUCCAACAUAGAUGCUGCUGCGAGACGAAUAUACAGGAGAUUGGAUGACGAUACCUUCAGCCAGCUCCAUCCGACAGGAUUCUUUCUCGGCGUCAAGACCACAUUCGUCGUCAAAGUCGAGAACCCGUGCAGUGCCAAUCAUCUGGUAGUCACUGUUGGCGAGAAGGAGGUUACGGUCCGACCAGGAGUGCGGCAGCACUAG